AAGGAUGUGGAAGCUUGGGCGGUAGGGAAAGGGCAUCUCAGCUCUGGUUUGAGUCUGAGAUUGAUCGACGAUCCUCUGUGUGAUAGAGAGAGACCAACUCUCAGUGUGUUGCAGCAAUCUAACGCCGGAAAAUCAUGGGGGACGGCGGUGGUGGUCGCGGCGGUUGCUGUCCACCGAUGGAUUUGUUCCGGUCGGAGCCGAUGCAACUUGUUCAACUCAUCAUUCCUAUUGAGUCCGCUCACCACACCAUCUCCUACCUUGGAGACCUCGGUCUCAUCCAAUUCAAAGACCUGAAUGUGGAGAAGAGCCCAUUUCAGCGCACUUAUGCUGCUCAGAUAAAAAAAUGUGCAGAGAUGGCACGGAAGUUACGUUUUUUCAAGGAGCAAAUGUCUAAAGCUGGAUUAUCACCUUCAGCAAAGAUUAUGAUGCGGGGUGAUAUUGAUAUGGAUGACUUAGAGGUAAAACUUGGAGAGCUUGAAGCAGAGCUGGUUGAAAUAAAUGCAAAUGGCGAAAAGUUGCAACGUGCUUAUAGUGAGCUUGCAGAGUAUAAGCUUGUUCUGCACAAGGCUGGUGAGUUUUUUUAUUCCAUUCGAAGCAGUGCUACAGCUCAGCAGAGAGAAAUUGAAGCACAUUCUAUUAGUGAAGAAUCAGUAGACACUCCUUUACUACUGGAGCAAGAAAUGUCAACUGAUCUGUCAAAGCAAGUAAAGUUGGGGUUUCUUGCUGGCCUUGUUCCUAGGGUGAAAUCUAUGGCAUUUGAAAGGAUUCUAUUUCGUGCUACCAGGGGUAAUGUGUUUCUGCGGCAAUCUGCUGUUGAAGAUCCUGUGACUGAUCCUGUUUCAGGAGAGAAGAUCGAGAAAAAUGUAUUUGUGGUUUUCUACUCUGGAGAAAAAGUGAAGAACAAAAUUCUUAAGAUAUGUGAAGCUUUUGGAGCAAAUCGCUACUCUUUUCCUGAAGACCUUGGAAAACAAGCUCAAAUGAUCACUGAGGUUUCAGGAAGACUGUCAGAGCUAAAGACCACAAUAGAUGUUGGACUGUUGCACCGUGGCAAUUUGUUACAGACCAUAGGCGAUCAAUUUGAGCAGUGGAACCUUUUGGUGAGGAAGGAGAAAUCCAUCUACCAUACUCUAAACAUGCUUAGCAUUGAUGUAACGAAAAAAUGUCUUGUAGCAGAGGGGUGGAGUCCCACUUUUGCAACAAAACAGAUUCAGGAUGCAUUGCAGCGGGCAACAUUUGACUCCAACUCACAAGUUGGAGCCAUUUUCCAGGUUUUGCAUACGAUAGAGUCGCCACCAACUUAUUUCCGCACAAACAAAUUUACUUCUGCUUUUCAGGAAAUUGUUGAUGCAUAUGGGGUGGCCAAGUAUCAAGAGGCAAAUCCUGGUGUAUUCACUAUUGUUACAUUUCCAUUUCUUUUUGCUGUCAUGUUUGGUGAUUGGGGACAUGGAUUAUGCUUGUUACUCGCUACAUUGUUUUUUAUAAUCAGGGAAAAGAAACUCUCCAAUCAGAAGCUCGGAGACAUCACAGAAAUGACCUUUGGUGGCCGUUAUGUUAUACUGAUGAUGGCACUCUUCUCAAUUUAUACUGGUUUGAUUUAUAAUGAGUUCUUCUCAGUCCCGUUUGAACUAUUUGGUCCCUCGGCCUAUGCAUGCCGUGAUCUUUCUUGCAGGGAUGCUUCAACAGCGGGCUUAAUUAAGGUGCGUCGCACUUACCCAUUUGGUGUGGACCCUGUAUGGCAUGGUUCCCGCAGCGAACUGCCAUUCCUCAACUCUUUGAAGAUGAAAAUGUCAAUCCUUAUAGGGGUGGCCCAAAUGAAUCUUGGAAUCAUAUUGAGCUAUUUCAAUGCCAAAUUCUUUCAGAAUAGCCUAAAUAUAUGGUUCCAAUUUGUUCCCCAGAUGAUAUUUUUAAACAGUUUGUUUGGUUACCUUUCUGUCCUCAUCAUUGUGAAAUGGUGCACUGGUUCACAAGCUGAUUUAUAUCACAUAAUGAUAUACAUGUUCUUGAGUCCCACUGAUGAUCUGGGAGAAAACCAGCUUUUCAUUGGUCAGAAAACUGGUCAGAUCGUGCUAUUAUUGCUGGCUCUUGUUGCUGUACCAUGGAUGCUGCUUCCAAAGCCUUUUCUUAUGAAGAAGCAACAUGAAGAAAGGCACCAAAGCCAGCUGUACGUACCACUUCAGAGCACAGAGGAUUCCUUCCAGUUGGAUACAAGUCAUGAUUCCCAUGAUCAUGAAGAAUUUGAAUUCGGUGAAGUUUUUGUACAUCAACUUAUACAUACGAUUGAAUUUGUACUUGGAGCAGUCUCCAAUACCGCAUCAUACCUUCGAUUAUGGGCCCUCAGUCUUGCUCACUCAGAGUUAUCAAGUGUAUUCUAUGAGAAGGUCCUCCUCCUGGCUUGGGGGUUCAACAAUGUAAUAAUCCUUAUAGUUGGCAUCAUCGUGUUCAUUUGCGCCACUAUCGGUGUGUUGCUUGUGAUGGAAACUCUGAGUGCAUUCUUACAUGCGUUGCGACUUCACUGGGUGGAGUUCCAGAACAAGUUCUACGAGGGAGAUGGUUAUAAGUUUUGUCCUUUCUCAUUCGCAUUGCUCAGUGAGGAAGAUGAUUGAUUUGGGUAUUUGAGUAGAGAAGGGAAUUGAUAGUAGCUGGUGUUGCAUGGAGAUGAGGGAGUAGUUACCACCACCAUGCACUGUGCCCCUUCCCCUUCCAAUUAUUGUUUAUUUCGUUAUGUUUUGGAAGGAAUAAGAGCAGUUCCAUGGUAAGCCAGUGGCUUGGUUGCUUCUCCCUUGUGUAAUAAUCUUGAAUUAUUUGAUAAUUUAAAAGGUGAAAAAAAAUCCUUGGACCUGA